UAUACCACGUGCCCGCAAAAACAAGGUGCACUGUAUAAUUCAAUUAGCCAUAUUAUUCAAUAGCUUGUGUAUAUUUUUGAAUCCUGUUUGCGGAGCAUAAUAAUUUAACAAGAAUAUCAGAUCAUCAAUCUCCCGCAGACAGAAUUCUAAAAUAUGUAUAGGGUACUGAUUAAUGUAGGUAACUGAGUUAACUGAGUGCACCCAAUUUUUGUGACACGCUGUAUAAUAUAUAAUAUAUGUAAACAUAAUAUACAUACAUAUUAAAAAUCCUUUUCAAUAUUUUGAUUGUGGUCGAAUAAAGUCUGUUUUUCUCAUUGAUUAUUAUCAUAGCCACCACAUCAGUUCGUUACAAUAACAACGAUAAUACAAAAAUAUGUAUUUUAAAAUUAAAUAUUGCUUAUACUUUAAAAUCUUAUUAUCUUUAAUACUAUGUUUGUUAAUUUCUGGACAUAAAGCAAAUAUACUUGAUUUAUAUGAAGGUGACGUAUGUCAGGUAGAUAAGAACAAUUCUAGAAAUCAUGUAUGCAAACAACCAGAAAAUUGUGCGUCGUUAGAACAGCAACUUCGAGAUCAAAACUUUCCACAUGUAUGCUCGUUUAUUAAAAACAAGCCAAUAGUCUGCUGUUCACCCACAGUAACAAUCAACACAACUUAUUUCGAACCGGUAUUAAAAACCCCCAUUUCUACAUCAUACUCUGCCACUGAAAUGUGUAGCCAGUACAAGGAUCUGGUGUACGCAAAUGUGCAACAAUCCUCGUCCGGCGAGAGACUACCGAAGAAAACUCUCAAAUGUUACAACGUGAUGCCGUUGAUCGUCCGGGGCCAGAAGGCCAAUCCGAUGGAAUUUCCGCACAUGGCACUAUUAGGUUACGGGAACAUCGCAGAUGAGGAGAAGGCGUGGGGCUGCGGAGGUUCGCUGAUAAGCAACAGGUGGAUUCUGAGCGCAGCGCACUGCACCAUAAAUCCUGGACGUACGGUGAGCUGGGCACGCCUUGGGGUUUUGAACAUCUAUUCGCAAUACGACCCCAGCCCGGCCGACUACAAAGUCGUGGAGCGCGUGGUGCACCCCAAAUACAAUUCGACUUACGUGUACAAUGACAUAGCGCUGUUCCGUUUAGAGGAGGAAGUCAAGUUUUCGGAGCACGUAAGACCCGUAUGCCUAAACACGGUCCAAAACUUAAGCUUCAGCUUAACCACGGCCACCGGCUGGGGUCGGACCUCGACCAAUGGUCUGAUUAGUCCAGACUUGUUAAAGGUAGACCUGUCUCUGAUAUCAAAUGAAAAUUGUAAGUAUAGUUAUCCUCAGAGUGCCAAAUCGAGAAUUAACUUCGGGAUACUAGAAGAUAGCAUGAUAUGCGCGGGUGACAUCGUGGACGGAGGCGACACGUGUACGGGCGAUUCUGGCGGCCCGCUGCAAAUAAAGCACCCCGACUACAUAUGUAUGUUUAAUCAAAUCGGUAUAACGUCGUUCGGGAAAUAUUGCGGCAAUAGGUACACGCCCGGCGUCUUCACCAGAGUGUCCAAAUACGUUCCGUGGAUCGAACAGAUCGUUUGGCCGAAGAGUUGAACGUCUGCAAAUCCCGCCAGACAAAAUAAUCGAUUUUUUUUAAAUAAAAAAAAAGUACCUAAAUAUUACAUAUGAUGUAUCGUGCGGUGCAUGACGCGUAUAUCACGGUACUUAAUUCAACAUCUGCAUUCAAUAAUUGCAUGCCCUCGUAUACUUAGGUAAUACCUAUUGAUUGUUAGGUGAUUUAGAUUAAAUUACUAAAUUAAAUGUAAAAUAUUUUAUUACAGUGUAUAAUACCUAUAUCACAUUUUUAAGAUAUAAAAGAAUAGAUAUAUGCUAUAUAUUAAUUAUUUUGUAUUAUAUAAAUAAUUACAUUUUUUUAA